GAAAAAUGUACUCACAAUUUUUUAUUAUGCAAUAGUUCUUGUAGUAACGAAACGGCCAAAAUAUUUUUACUAAGAUGUAGAGUUUGUUAAGUUAGGGCUUGUAGAGCAAAGAAUAUAAUACUCACUAGGAGUAGAGUAGAGUAGUAGUAGUUGUAGAGUUAAAAGCUUGGCUCUACAUACAAUCAAAUAACUUUUUAACAGUGCGAGCGUUAUGGUUUCAUCUUGGUAACAUUUUACAUGAAAAUGUUUUUUGGAGGGAUCUCAAUCUCACUUCUUUUUCACUAUAUUUCCUUAUAAAAAAUGGGUCAAGUUUUAUUAAAUGAUUUGGAUAAUUCAUUCAUAAUUUCCGAACGAAGCGAAGUUGAUUUAUGGCCCCUGUGGCAAUGGCAACACCGACUAGAAGCGUCGAGGUGACACUUUGACAGGUCAGACGGCCAUUGGCAUCGUUUAAUGUUUAUGAACGGCUAUCGCGAUCGGUGAAAGAGCCCGCAUCCAGCAUGAGCCCGCGGGCGGCGACGGGCAUCGACAGCGGCGGCGCGCAGAGGCUGGAGAGACGGGGCGCGUCGUGAGCCGCGGCGCCAUGGAGCGCGCCGUCGUGCGCUCGAGCGCCAGGCUCAGCGGCGGCGGCGGCGGCCCCAGCAAGAGCAGCGGCGGCGACAAGGCCAGCAGCCGGGCCGAGGCGGCGCGCCGGGCGGCCGCGGCGGCGCUGGCGGCGGAGCGGCGCGCGCGGGCCCGCGAGCGCGCCGAGGAGGUGGAGGACAGCCCGAGCGUGCUGCGCGAGAAGUGCCGAGAGCUGGCGCGGGUCGUGCGCCAGGCCAAGCAUCUCGUGGUGUACACCGGAGCAGGGAUCAGCACAGCGGCCGACAUCCCCGACUACCGCGGUCCGCAUGGCGUGUGGACCCGGCUGCAGCGGGGAGAGGACAUCGGCCGCGUGGAGGUGUCCCGCGCGCAGCCCACGUUCACGCACAUGGCGCUGACGGCGCUGGUGGCGCGCGGGCUGUGCAAGUUCGUGGUGUCGCAGAACUGCGACGGGCUGCACCUGCGCUCCGGCUUGCCGCGCCGCUCGCUGGCCGAGCUGCACGGCGACAUGUUCGCGGAGCGCUGCGCCGCGCCGAAGUGCCGCGCCGUGCUGCUCAGGAAUUUUGACACUACACAGCGUACUCGGCGCUACUCCCACGGCACGCGGCGCACGUGCCCCGUGCCGCGCUGCGGGCGGCCGCUGCGGGACACGAUCGUGCACUUCGGCGAGCGCGCGCGCGCCGCCUGGCCGCUCAACUGGGCCGGCGCGCUGCGCCACGCCGCCGCCGCCGACGUCAUCCUGUGCCUCGGCUCCAGCCUCAAGGUGCUGCGGCGCUACCCGCGGCUGUGGUGCAUGGCGCGGCCGGCGCGCGCGCGCCCGCGCCUGUACAUCGUCAACCUGCAGUGGACGCCCAAGGACGCUGCCGCCGAGCUCAAGAUCAACGCGCGCUGCGACGCGGUGAUGCGCGAGCUGGCGCGGCGGCUGCGCGUGCGCGUGCCGCGCUACCGGGCGGCGCGCGACCCGCUGCUGGCGCACGCCUCGCCGCUGGCGCCCGCCGAGCGCCACACCUGCUCGCGCGCCGCGCUGCCGCCGCCCGACGGCUCCACCUCCAGCUCCAGCUCCGAGCCCGAGGACUUCGACUCCUCCUCCGCCGACGACUCCGACGACGCGUUGCCGCUGACGAGGCUGCAGGAGCGCCUGCGCGGCCCGCGCCCGGGGGCCGAUGGCCCCGAGGACGGACCUCGAGCCCGCGCGGCCGGGGUCGAUGGACCUUCGGCACCCCCGAGGCCGAACGGAUCCUGGUGUCAAAGAAACCCACCGGAACGCCCGCGGGAGCUCCCACAGAUGGACGGGCUCCGGGAGCCGCUGCGGCCCGUGCCGGCGCUCAAAAGACUUCACCGCCCCGCGCGCCCGGCCGACCCGCGCCCUCCGGCGGAAGGCUCGGGGGGCCCGCGACGCCCGGCGGACCACUCGCGGGACCGGCAGCACCCGACGGAGCGACUGCGACCGGACCUAGAAAACCUAGAAAACUCGGUGAAGCACUUGCGACGCUCGAACACCCCAGAAAACAACUCGCGGCGCCCCCGAACCCCGGGGGAGCGUUUCCAAGGAACGCGGUGCUCCGAGGACCAUUUGCGAAACCAAAAGUGCCCCCCGGACCGCUCGAAGGGCCCCCAGGCUCUGACAGAUCGCCUCCGAGGUCCCCGGUCCCCGAUGGAUCCGUCGCGAGGCCCCGAGACCCCGGCGGACCGCUUACGAUACCCAGAGAUGUUGGAGCCCGAAGAAAAGAAGCCCAAGCUGGAGAACGGCAUUUGCGCCGUGGUCAAAGAGGAACACCUGAGAUCUUUUCAUGUGUCACUCGCCGACGGGUCGGCUCGCAUCCUCCUGCGCGCCGCGCACGCGCCCGAGCCCAAGGAGGAGGAGGACGAGGGCGGCGGCCUCGGCCUCCCGCGGCCCCCGCGGCCCCGGGGCCGCGCCGCCGGCCUGCUCAGACUCGACCCCAAACCUGCCGUCAAAGAGGAGGAUUCCGAAAGCGAGGCCGAGCGGGCCGCGGCCGCUUUCAUAGCGCGGGCCGUGCUCACGUGCAGAGGGAAGCUGUACCCCGGGCUGCACACGAUCCUGGGCGCGGGGGUGGAGGCGGCGGCGGGGGGGUGCGCGUGGUGCGAGCGGCAGCACGGCAGCCGGCGCUGCCUGUGGUACCCGGCGCGGGAGCCGCUGGCGCCCGGCCGCGUGUGGCGCCGCGCGCGCGGCCGCCGGUACCUGUGCACGUGCUGCCCGGGGGGCCCGGGGGGAGGGGGGGGCCCGGGGGGUGGGGGGGGAGGAGGGGGCGACGACGACGCCGGCGACGGCGGCUGGUACGGGAAGGGCUACCGGAAGGGCCGGAGGAAGAAGCGGUAG